AACUAUUCCUCAUUGGGCGGUCAGAUGGCUCCUGUGUGAAGGAAGUAUCACUAGGGAAACAACUUCUUGUGUUCUGUCAUCUGUGCGUGUGCGUACAAGCGUGUGUGUUUUCUUCUCGGCUCGUGGUAUUUUUAACCCGGCUUCCUGCGCUGACAACGGAUACGACCAGAGAAGCUGCGCCGCUUUAGUAGAAGCAACUGGAGGCCUAGCCCGGGCUUUUUCAGGCUUGAACAUCUUCAACAAUGUUCUCCUCUUCUCCUCUUCCACAGUUUUACUGCAAGCCGUUUGCAAAAAUGGGGGACGACAAACCUUUUGUGUGCAACGCUCCCGGCUGCGGGCAGAGAUUUACAAACGAGGACCAUCUUGCUGUCCACAAGCAUAAGCACGAGAUGACGCUGAAGUUUGGACCUGCCCGGACAGACUCGGUCAUCAUUGCAGACCAGACGCCGACUCCCACUCGUUUCCUGAAGAACUGCGAAGAAGUGGGCCUGUUCAACGAGCUAGCCAUGCCCUUUGAGCAGGAGUUCCGUAAAGCCCAGGAAGAUGAUGACAAGAGAGCCAAGAACCCUCUGCCUGCCCCUGGCUCUUCAGCUCUGGACAUGAGUCUGCAGACGCCCUCAGACGUAGUUAGAGUGAAGGAAGAGGAGCCUGUCGAGGUGGACUCCUCCCCUCCCUCUAGUCCAGACUCCAUCUCCAGCAAGUCAGACAGCAACCAGGAGGCCACAGCCAGGGGAAUGGAAUCUCCACCUAAACCAGCACUUAGUUCUGCUCCUAUGCCCACUAUCGUCCGUCCUGGCUCUCUUCCCCUGCACCUCGGAUACGACCCUCUGCACCCGACCAUGCCUUCACCCACCUCGGUCAUUACACAGGCCCCGCCCUCCAGCCGCACCCUUGGGUGUGAUUAUCUCCCAUCACUCCUAGAUGGGACCAUCUUGUCGCAGGGAAUCAAGCUCAGGGCUCAUACUGAUUCUGCGUUAUGGUCUCCGACUGGUCCAUACCCGAUGAUGAUGCUCCACAACGGCCAGCCAGUUCCCGUGCUUCCAGGCCCAGUCCAAAUGUCUUCAGUAAUAUCCCUGGCCAGGCCCAUGUGUAUGGUGCCCAACAUUCCAGGAAUCCCAGGUCCUCCUCUAGGUGGAAGCAGCAGCGGCUCCUCCUCUCCAUCUGGUUACAACCCCCACACCGAGGCUAAGAUGCGCCUGAAGGCGGCGUUGUCUCAGCAGACCACUGCGGCCUGUGUCAGCGUGGCGAUGGGCUCCAGUGCCAUGGUACCACAAAGGAUGGAGCAGAGCCAGCUGCUGGUGCAGCAGCCUGAUGCGCCAUCCCCUGCACAACCCCAGGUUUCUCCAGCUCAGCCGACGGGUGGACGGCGGCGGCGCACGGUGGAUGACGACCCAGAUGAGAGAAGACAGCGCUUUCUGGAGCGCAACCGAGCAGCAGCAUCACGCUGCAGGCAGAAACGCAAGAUCUGGGUGAACUCUCUGGAAAAGAAAGCGGAGGAGCUGACAUCCAUGAACGUGUCACUCACGAAUGAGGUGUCUCUGUUACGAAACGAAGUGGCUCAUCUGAAGCAGCUGCUGUUGGCUCAUAAGGACUGUCCUGUCACCACCUUACAGAAGAAGGCUGCCUACCUGGGAGAAGAGUCCAUGAAGGAGGUGUGCGAGGCAACGGGAUCCCCAGCUCCGGUGAUUCAGCACAGCUCUGUGGCGCUGAGUCCCUCAGGAUCGUCAGGGCACAACGGCAUGAGCUCACGGGCGGCCGCCGAGGCCGUAGCCAUGUCCGUGCUGGCCGGCAUGGGCGCCCAGCGGGCAGAGAGCGGGCCCUCACACGUCAUCAUGACCACACAGGCCCAGCCCACUGCCAGAUGAUGAGACCAGCACUAGGAGAGGAGGGGAGCGAGGGAUGAGGCCAGAUCUUCCCUAACCUCUUUUACUCCUCUCUCUAGCCCUCUUUUAUGCUGUCACACUCGUCUGGCCCGGAGCUGGCCCAGAGAUUUUUUUGGGAAAAAAAAUACUUUGGAGAAAGAAAGAGCUUCCUGUUCACUAUGCCAUAGACUACAGGGGCUGGACUCCGAUCCUCAUCCUUAUUCUCACCUUUACUAACUCCACUUUCGCACCAUCAUCCCAGCCCUCCUCGUACUCAUCCUCGCCUUCCAUCUUUACCCUCCUCACUCUUCAGCGGAACUGUCUGACAGAACAGUGCUUUCUGAAGGACUGGCAUGGUGACUGUGAUCUGAUGCAUAGGUAUUAUGCACACGCGUGUCUCAUUUACAUGUCCGUAGAGCAACCUGGAUGGCUGAUCAGUGGCAGUAACGGGAAAGGAAGUGCUGCCGCCGAGUGCGUGUGCUUGUCUGUGUGUAUGCGUGUGCUCGUGCGUACAUGUCAUAAGGUUGGGCGAUACAGCAAGAAUAUCAUAUCGGAAAGAUAUUUUUGUGAUGCGCACUGAGGCAUUAGGUUUGGCUGAGAGUUUAAUUCAGCAUUUCAAAAAGAUCACAAGUAUUAAAUGAGAAAACGAAGGAAAAUUGUCGUUAUAAAUGAGAAAUAGAUUUUAACAGUUCAGGUACAAUCAGUGGGUCCAUUGAUGUGGCAUUCAUUCAUAUUUCGAUUCAAAAUGCUUUUUAUUUAAUUUUUUUUCUUGCCACGAACUUAAAUACGAAAUUACUACUAUUAUUAUUUUUUUAAUUAACAAAUGUGUACAAGACUUACUUUCUUCACUUUUAAUUCUUGUUUCUUUUCCCCCACACAAAAAAAGAAGCUAAAUAUUAAUUAUAUUAAAAAAGCGCCCCCUGCAGUACAUUUUAACCUUCAGUCAAGAAGAAACUCAAGUUAGUAUGUGUAUGCUGGAGGUUUAUGUUGGAGUGUGCAAUUAUUUUUUUAAUGAAAGUUAAAUAUGACAUGCAAUAUUUUUGCUGAUUUUAAACAUUCUGAAAUUGCAGCGCGUGUAACACCCUCCAUGUCAACCUCCUCUACCAUCCUGCUUGCUUAUUUCUAAAAGCAGAAGUGCAUUUUCACCAUGCGAUGAAUGUCAUGCUGAAAAAAACAUGCAAAAGAGAAAUACAUGUUUUUUUUUCCUAUGGUGAUGAUUAUCACUUGUAAUGCAAAAACUCUUUAUCUCGUUCUCAUAAUUUUUUUUUAUUUAUUUUAAAACGAAAAACAAAUGAAUGCAACAUACAUGGGCCUCAACCCUGGAUACACUAUAAAGUGUAUUACGACAUAUUGAUAUUGCAAUACUGAUAUUAUGGCUGUAUUGACCAGCCCUGGAGUGUGCUGUGAUGGUCUGCAUGCUCGCACUUACUGCCUUCCACAUUUUACUUGCAUGAGUGAGGCUAACGAUUGCACCACAACUCUGCAACAAUUUUUUUUUUUUUUUUUUUUUGACAAAAGGAAAAAAUUCCCAUGUGUGUGAAUGUUAAAUGGUUAAAUCUGGUCCUUCGCAUUUUGGCUCGGUUUUCAUUUCAAGGAGACUAAGCUACGUUGCUUCGGCUGAACUUCGCCAAGAUCUGACCUCGUUUCUACCCCUUGAUAAUAUGUUUUAUAUGCAAAGCGUUUAUAAUCUGUGAGAAUAUAGUAUGCUUGUGUGAGUGUGUCUGCAUAUGUGUGCAGGAAUGUACAUCAGAGUAUAACAGUUUAUAAUUCAUGGGACUGAUACACUAAUGUUGGCGAGCUUUAUUUUUUUAUUAUGUUUGCUACCGUAUUUUUUUUUUGGCACAUUCUCCUAAACUCAAUCACAACUUUUUUUUCUUUUUUUUUUUUUUUCUAGCUUUGUCCCUGCCCCUUUCAUGCCAUAAACUAGCUUAUGGUUACAUUUCAUUAUUAUUUAAAAUUUCCUUGUUGGGAAUCCUUGUUAAAUGAUGGUGCCAACAUGUCUGAUGCAUGUUUUUUAAUUUUAUUUAAUUAAUUUUUUUUUUCCCCCUUGUAAAGUUGACAUUUAUUAGCUUUACUGUACAUUCACACCGUGUUGAAGCGCAGCCACCGUAAACUUCUCCCCUUUGAUUGUUUUCUGAUGGUUUUGAAAGGAACGAGCCUCUUCGUUUAAAAUCCCAAACCGACCCAUUGUCUCAUCAGACGGUUAUGACAAAAGUAAAUCCAUCUCGUGUCUAUAGAAGGCAUGUGCCGAUGGUCAGGCCUGUGGUACAUCACGAUAUCGUAGAUACUUUACAGUGUCAAUAAUAUCCAUACAUUCCAUUUGAGAGAAGACUACCUAUAUAGGCUAAAUUUAUAGAUUUAGCCUUGUUUGCUAAACAAACAGUGUGCUGGUUUUAUUUUAAAUUUUUAUGUAAAAACUGUCAUUUUUAAAGAAAAUUACAAACGGGAAGGAAUUAUGA